AUGAGACAAACAUGUAAUAGUGAUGGUGGAGUGGGUUCCACUGAAAAUGUUAAAGCCCGGGGAAUAACUAUUUUCUCCAUAUUCGUCGACACUCCAACUGCCGCACCGAAUCCUGAAACCAAGCUAUUGGCUGACUUCAAGAAAGACACUCAUCUCAGCAAAGUGUACUUGGCGGGAAGAGAGUAUCUCAACGAGGAAGGUCAGACCUCUGUGAGCCCGCUCAUUGGGAAAAUAAUGCAACAGAUCUGCACAGACCCCACUCUCUGUCCAGAGUAUCCAUCAUCCGUUGGCCUUCCAGAAUUCACCAGGAGAGCAACAGAAUUGGUUUUGGGCAGGGACUGCCAUGCCAUCGUGGAGAACAGGGUGUUGGGUGUGCAGACUGUGGGCUGUACUGGGGCUGUUCGUCUGGGGGCUGAGCUCUUGAAGCACUGGUACAAUGUGAGAGGUGUCUGGUGUGGGCCAGUCUAUCUCUCCUCCCCCUGUGAUGAUUCCUUGGCUGGUAUCUUUGAGGCAGCAGGGAUCCAGGAUGUCCGUCGGUAUCGGUAUUGGGAUACAGAGCAGAGGGGUGUGUGUGUGCAAAAAAUGAUGGAGGAUCUGGAGAUGGCUCCAGAGCAGAGUGUCAUUGUUCUGUCUGCUUCUGCUCACUGCCCUACUGGUUCAGAUCUCUCCCAGAAGCACUGGAGACUCCUCACACAGCUUAUGGUGAGGUGUAGGUUUUUCCCUUUCUUCCUGCUGCCUGCACAGGGCCUAUGCCAUGGGGAUUUUGAACAAGAUGCCUGGCCAGUGCGUCUGUGUGCCUCUCUGGGGAUGGAGCUUCUGUGUGCCCAGUCCUUCUCCCACAGCUUUGGGCUUUACGGCGAGCGCGUUGGACACCUCUUAUGUGUCCUAAAGCAGAGCUCCACACUGCUAGCUGUUCAGUCCCAGGCCGAGAAGCAGGUCAGGGCUUUGUGGUCCCGGCCAUCUGUUGGAGGAGCUCGUGUGGUUGCCACGGUGCUCAGUAACCCUGCCCACCAUGUGGAGUGGCAGGAAGGAGUGAAGAGUAUGGUGGAGAGGGGCAUACUGGUCAGAGAGAGGUUAAGAGAGAAGCUAAGGCUUCUUGGAUGUCCUGGCAGCUGGGAUCACCUGAUCCAGCAAGGUGGACUGUACUGUUGCACUGGGCUGAAUGUCCAACAAGUGGAAUUCCUGGAAAAGAGAAGACAUAUCUACCUGCAUCCCAAUGGCUGUCUGAAUGUGAGUGCUAUCAAUAGCCGUAACCUAGACUAUGUAGCUGAGUCCAUCCACCUAGCAUUGACCUCUGUCUUCUGA